AUGCCCCAACUCGCCUCCACCUACCGCGCUGCCCCCGAAGACGUCUCCACCCCCCAGUGGUUCCUCGACCACGACUUCCACCUCUCUUUCCUCCACCUACCCGGCAACGAAGUCGCCGGAUACGGUGAGCCCUCCCCACGCCAAUACGUUGGGUGGCUCCUUCUGCAACCCAACCCGGAAUUGCGCAACGUCUUGGAAUGGCGAUUCCGGGACGUUCCGCCCGCCCGUCAUGCCUGGGCCAUCUAUGGCGAGUCGGUCGUCACCCUCACCCACCUCCGGACCCUCGACUGGGACGUCGGCGAGCUCACCGACCCAACUGGCCAACGACGGGCCUACGACACUGUCUCCCAGCUGCGGGCCACAACAAUCGCCAUGUCCGACCACGCUUUAGAUAUCAUUUGCGCCCCCCAUCAUCUCUUUUUCAUUGCUGACCUCAUCAACCACAUAGAGCAGGUUGACCGUGAACACGAGUGGACCUGGCUGGAGCGCAUCCUCGCCACCAACGACAGCCACACCGCCUCACCUAUCCCCCCCACCCCGCCUCUGCCCACCCCGGAAUGGGGAAACCCGGCCGACGUCUCCGGAUGGGGCGACACCAACGUCGACUGGAGCAACACUAACUGGGGGGACGUCCCCAUGGAUGAGGCUGACAUGGAGUGGUCCCCCCCUGUACAACCUCUGCACCGCUCCCCUCCCCCCGCGACUCCCCCUCCCCAACACCGUAGCACCUCCGCCCAAUGCUCGCUCGCCUAUGCUCCGGCACACCCCCUCCAACCCGUACACGCCCCUCUCCCUGCUCUCCCAGCCCCACCCCCCGCUCCCCAAGCCCCAUCGACGAGAAUGAACCCCCCUUUGCCAUAUGGAGGCGACCUCACUGACACCACCGACCCCAACACCCUGUCCGCGCCCCCUGACCCUCCAACUCCGCCGCUCCGCCAACACACCCCUCGCACCCCCCCGUACCCCGCCCCCGCCCCGGGCCCCACCACAGUCCACUAUCAGAUGCCCCUCCUGGGCCACCCAGCAUACGGGGGGGCCCUGUCACAGCCAACGAGCUGUGCCACCAAAACAAACAAGGGCAAAGCUUACUGA